UGCCUUUGGUGUUACACCAACAACACUUGCAUUGAUUACCCUGUAAGAAGCAUUCUUCCACCAUCUUCAUUAUGUUCCCUCUCAAAUGCUCGAUGGGGAGUUUGCUGGAUAAACUUUGAGGCUUUAAUUAUUGCCAUAGCUGUAGUAGCUGGACUCAUUCUGGUGUCCGUAGGAGCCUGUUGCUGUUACUGCUGUUACUGCAGAAGGCGUUCCAGGAGUAGACCGGAUGAAGAAGAAGAACGGGUAGCUAGAAAGAGAGAGGAACGAAGACUACAGUCUCUUCAGAGGAAACACGAAAGAAAACUGAAGCAUGAUGAAAUACGUAAGAAGUAUGAGGAGACCUUGGAGUCAAUCUCAACAGGUUUGAAUCAUUGGGAUAGAUCUGGUGAAGAACUGAAGACAAUGGCUAUGUCUCCAAAACAAUGUGCAGCACUCUGUUCAGAUAUACAUAUUGUUUUUGUCCGCUUACUGGAGCCUGAUACAACUUCUUCAGUAAGAAUUGGUGCAAGUGAUGAGCUGCUGUCUCCCUCCUCUCACUUAAUAUAA